AUGCCUGAUCUGGCGACAAAGUGGCGCGUUGCCGUGCGGCUCCUACUGCGCCCUCGCCAUUCCUCGUCUGAACUGAAGGGAGAGUCAGCGUCUUCAUUACGAGAUCUGCGAGAGGAGUUUUUUCGGGACCGGCUCUGCCAUAAUUAUUCAACCAUGACCGUGAGGUUGCCCAACUUUCUUCGUAACUGGCUAAAGUCCGAGAGAGCUGAAACACCGGUCGAAGCUUCAGGAACAACAGAUAUUGUGCUAAACUGUCUGCCGAACGAAGUAUCGGGCACGUGCAGUGUUUCUGCUGCUUCCAACCUCUGCGCAUUGGUGGACCGAACCAUCGGGAAGACUGAGAAUGAGAAAAUUCUUCUUUUGCUCAUCGGUCCACUGAUUGGCCUCAGCGAUACACUGGGAGAUGGCCAAGUACUGCCCAAGAUCGUCUCCCACUCUGUAAACGGGGGGACGCAGGCUAAGGGAGGGAGCCGAAAUGAAAACUUCAAACAUGUGAAGAGUGGGAGCGACUUCAAACACCUGGAAAAGAAACUGGAAGAAGUCAUCCAAAAGAAGCAGCUCCUGCAAUCUUUCAUCAGACCUGCUGGUGUGAGUGAGGAGGAGGUGAUGGCGACACACCGUGAUCAUGUCACAGAUGAAGCCUUCCGGCCGUUCAUGACCCUGAAGGAUCCCGAGAAAUGUGGUGAGCUUUUUCCCAGGACACAUACCCCGGCAGUCAUUGGCAGCAAGCGUUGUAUAUCCCUGAGUAAUUCUGUUGUGACCAUGAAGGAGUUCUUGCAAGCCAUUGCUGGAAAUUCUCAGGGUUGGAUCUUAACCAGCGUCCGCUGGAUUCGAGAAGAGGACCUGCCUGCCCAGUUGAAAUUAUUGUCGCUGGUCGAUUUGAAGUUUGGGUUGGAUCCAAGGAGAAGCAGCCAGGACAUUGAUCAGGAGCAGGUCAGAGACCAGGAACAAGAACCCGAGACAGAUUUGGGGGACAACACAUUAGGAGCCUUUGAUGAAGAUAUGAUUGGAACUCCAGAUUUGCUUCAGACUCUAGGACUCCGUGCUCCUCACAGUGAGAAGGCUCCUAAAGAGGGAUUCUACUUCUAUAAUUCUUCAGGAGAUGGGAGGGACUCAGGAGACUCUUGGAACGUGGCCUUUUUGAGAAAUCAGGAGAGGACGCACAUCCAUGGCUCCUGGUUUUGGAUGGAUGCACAUAACCUGCUGUCAUCAUUUCAGUAGAAAAGCUUCUUGCUGACUUUGGUUCCAUGGAGGCAGAAUUGGAACAUGCGUAAUCUCUUUCCUGGAAGACGUGAAGGGU